AUGCCCGGUCUCGAACAUCGAUUUUGUGUCAGGUACUUGCAUGCGAAUUUCAAGGGCAAGGGAUUUAAGGGGAAGGAAUUCAAAGACGGAUUGUGGGGUGCAACUAGGGCACAGAAUGAAAUUCAGUUCAAGUACUACCUCUUCGUGAUCAGAGAUAUGCAUGGUGAAGCAAGCGAUUACAUUGAUAAAAUUGACCAAAAAAUGUGGUCAAGGCAUGCAUUCCGAACCACCAGCUGCAGUGAUAUUUUGUUAAAUAACAUUGCAGAGAGCUUCAAUGCAUGGAUAUUGGAAGCAAGAGAGCAACCAAUACUGACUUGUUUUGAGUCAAUAAGGAGGCAAAUUAUGAACCGGUUCAAUCAGAAAAAGGCUGGAGCAGCGAUUGCAACAAAUGUUACUUGCCCUAAGAUAAUGAAAAAAAUAGAAAGAAACAAGUCAGAUGUAAGGAAUUAUAUAUGUCAUUGGAGCAACAACCUGCAGUUUGAGGUCGACAGUACCCACAAGGCUCGCAGGGUGGUAAAUCUUGAGCAACAUACAUGUGGUUGUGGGAGGAGGCAACUAAAUGGAAUUCCAUACCCACAUGCAAUUGCUGCCAUAUACCUAAAUCAUCAAAAACCCGAGCAAUAUGUCAGUAAAUGUGCUAGAAGAUUCCGCGAACCAGAAAAUCCCAAUAGGAAGAAGCAUCCGAAAAAGGUUAAGAAGCUGAAGGCAGAUGUUCGAGAGCCAUCAGGGAUACUGUCACCUCCUAGGACAACCGAAGCCACUAAUACAUCGGAGGACAUCCCACAAACCAAAAGCCAACAGAUAAGACGGAGACUCUCUAGGACAACCCAAUCUACAAAUACGAUUGGUCAACAACUGGAUGACAUCCCCCAAAUCGAAAGCCAACCGAUACGACGAAGACAAAGGCGAGUCUCUUUGAUAUACCGGAUGAAUUCAAAGGAGUCACAGUCUGGGGGGCCACAACCACAACAGCUGAGUACAACUCAGUAG